GUUUCUUCCUUUCCUCCCUGCCCCCUCCCCCCUUCGUCCCUUCCCCCCUCGCAAACCCUUCUUCCCGUCGCUUUCUUCGGAAAAUCCUCCUCUCCGGCCAUGGACGCCGACAAGGAAAGCGGUACCCGUGGCGGCAUGAGCAACGCCAGGAACAACAACAACAGGGGCAGCAAGUUUCACAGAAAUGAGAGCAGCAGCGGCGUCGGUGGCAGUGGUGGCAGUAGCAACGCCGGAGCCGGCGGCGUCGUGAUCGGAGGGCACGUGGACACGGGGAAGGCGGACAGGGCAAUGUGGCUGAUGAAGUGCCCGCCGGUCGUUUCCCGCUCUCUUCGGCCUCCUCCUCCUCCUCCUACGGGGCUGACGGGUUACGGCAACAACGGAGGAAAUGGGCCGAUCCCUCCACCUCCUCCUCCUCCUUGCCCCGUGGCGAAGGUCAUCCUCUCCUUCGACCCUCUCCGCUCCCAUGAAGACAACAACACCGAGUUCACCAUGGAAUUGAUGUCUACUGAAUCUGGGAAUGUACCGAAGCGGUACUCCAUGGAGAUGUCCAAAGACUUUGUUCCGAUGUCUGUGUUUUCCGAGUCAGCCCAAGGAAAGAUCGCUGUGGAGGGAAAGAUUUUGAACAAAUUUGAUAUGAGGCCACAUGAUGAGAACAUUGAGAACUAUGGGAAACUAUGUCGUGAAAGAACCAACAAGUACAUGAACAAAGGCAGACAGAUACAGGUGAUUGACCAUGAUAAUAGGAAUCUUAUGAGACCGAUACCUUGGGUGGAGAAGAAGAAAACACCGGCUAAGGCACCAGAGAUGAAGCGAACAAGAAAGGAUCGUGGAGAGAUGGAGGACAUCAUGUUUAAACUUUUCGAGAGGCAGCCUAAUUGGACACUAAGGCAAUUGAUCCAAGAGACUGAUCAACCCGAACAAUUUCUGAAGGACAUCCUGAAGGACCUCUGCGUCUACAACAACAAAGGAGCUCAUCAGGGAACCUAUGAGCUGAAGCCCGAGUACAGGAGAUCGACUGAUGAGCCCGGCUCAUAACUUGUACAGGAUCCUUCGAACUAGCCCUUGCUUUCUCAGAAGAUUUUGCCUUUUUCUGUAGUUAGUUCAGAAAGCAAGUGAAAACUCUUAUUGCUGAGACACCGACGAUAGGAUAGGUAUAGUUUGCCCUUUCUGUUGAUAGAAAA